CAAUCAAAGUUCAUCUCCAGUGUUAUGCACACGUGGCAAACACCCAAUUCGUCAUUCGUUUACGCCUCAAGGGCCUCAACCCAGAUAAUAUGCACACAUGCAAGACCAAACCCUCUUCAAGUAUUAACCACCCACACACACUUCCCACCAGAGACCACCAACCGUCAUGAGUUAAUGUCCAAAUGUUAGCCGCCGGCGAUUUCACGGACCGCCAUAGCCGGCCGGAUCCAAGCAUCCCGAGAGUGUUAACCCUACUCUCUUUUGUUCUUGAAAAACUGGUGGCUCGAAAUAACACGCUUGCAGAUGACCUGAGUCAACAAAUCAAUGGGCUGAGCUGUGGCUCGGCGGGGAUUGGGAAGAGCUUGGAUGUGUUUCACGGCAUGAGGCGGCCGAGCAUAAGCAUACCCAAUUACUUGGAGAGGCUGUACAAGUACACAGAUUGCAGUCCAUCAUGUUUUGUGGUUGGAUAUGUGUAUAUAGAUAGGCUGCUUCAUAAGCACCCUGACUCUCUUGUGUUGUCCUUGAACGUGCAUAGGCUGCUGGUCACAAGCGUUAUGGUUGCUUCUAAGAUGCUCGAUGAUGUGCACUACAACAAUGCGUUUUACGCCCGCGUCGGAGGAGUGAGCAAUGCUGAACUAAACAAACUAGAACUGGAGUUGCUUUUCCUGUUGGAUUUCGGGGUCACGGUGAGCUCUAGGGAUUUCGAGAGCUAUUGCUUCCACUUGGAGAAAGAAAACUUGCAGAACGCAUGCCGAAGGAUUGAAAGGCCAUUGUUAGUCCUCAACGGUGUGGAUGAUGUGCCUGAAAUACCAGAAAAUGCAGAGAGUAAUUCCUUACCACCUCGGAUAUCAGAAGCUACCCUGAGUUCCUCACUUCCUCAGAUUGUGGACUGACCCUGAUUGAUUUUUCUUUUUAAUGUCUCCUGGUUAACCUUUUUCCUUUAUUUACCCUUUUUUUCCUUUACUUCCAAGCACUGUGACAAUAUUCAAAACUAAUAAGACACUGCAGUGCGGGAAAGUUAAUACAAACUGCAAUA